GGUGCCCACGAGGACUUCGCCUUCCCCCGCCAUCACCCCCUUGCUGUAGUCACCAACCUAUAUUCUGAGGCGGCGCGCGAGGCUCCUCCACCUCCAGGUUCAGGCAAGCCGCGAUUCCCGCGCCGCCGCGGGGGAGCUUGACAAGCGACGACGGCGGUCGUUCCCAGAUUUAAAAAGCCCAGUCGACCGUUUCUCUCAAUUCGCUCCUACUCUCUCUCUCUCUCUCUCUCUCUCUACUCUCUCUUGCUAUACAAGUGCAGAAUCCAUGGCAGAUCAAGCACCGAACCAGUCCAUAAUGGAGUCCAAGCCGCCGCACCCGCUCUGCCAAAUCGCCGAGACCCCGACCCACAAGCUCCUCCUCAAGCAGUGGCUCAAGGAGGAGGAGCUCAUCCUCUCCCGCAUCGCCCUCAAGGAGACCCAGAUCGACGCCGUCCGCGGCGAGAUCACCCACCUCCACAUCUCCUUCUUCCUCUUCCACUCCCUCUCCUUCCUCCUCCUCUUCGCCAUCCCCCGGGACGCCGCCGCAGCCGCCUGCCGCCGCUCCUGGAUCCCCUCGCUGUGCUCGCUCGCCUUCUCGCUCGGCAUCGUCUGGGCCGUGAGGUACAAGACCGACGUGGAGGUCCACCUGGAGAAGUUGCUGGAGCGGGAGAAGGAGGACGCCAAGUUGCUGGGGAAGUGCGUGGAGGAGUUGAAGAAGAAGGGCGUCGAGUUCGAUCUGUUGAAGGAGGUGGACGCGCUGCGGAGGGCGAAGAGCUUGCGCGUGGAGGCGAAGCCGGUGAGGAAGUGGUCGGCGAGGGACUUCGUGACUCUCUUCUUAUUCGCCGUGUCUUGCCUUGUGCUGGGGUUGAUGAGGGUCGUACUUUGCGAUUAGGGAAUUUGUGCAGUGUCGUAGUCAGGUUUUUUUUUUUGGAUGGGUCAUUGGCAAAUGGCUUUGUUGAGGAA